GGCUCCAUCAUUCCCGGCUCCAGCAUUCCCAGAUCCCGCAUUCCCGGCUCCCGGGCUGCCCCGGCCGCCGAGGGAGCGAUGGAAAAUCCCUGAGCCAGCGCCUGGAAAAUCCGUGCGGCAAAGGUGGGGAUUCUCGGCCGCCGCAUGAGCAGGUCCUGGCCGGGCCAUGGCCUGGCCACCGGGGCUGCUCCUCCUCCUCCUCCUCAUCUUCCUCCUCCUGCUGCUGCUGCCCGGCCGCGCUCCGGCCGCGCGGAGCCGCGACUUCACCGCCAAGGACAUCGUCUACCUCCACCCCUCCACCACGCCGUAUCCUCGUGGAUUUAAGUGUUUCACCUGCGAAAAGGCCUCGGAUAAUUACGAGUGCAACCGCUGGGCUCCGGAUGUUUACUGCCCCAGAGGGACGAGGUACUGCUUCAGCCAGCACACGAUGAGGGCCAGCGGGGAGAGCGUGUGGGUGACCAAGCGCUGCGUGGGGCUGGAGCCGUGCCUGAGCACGGGCUGCAGCUACAGCCGCCACGAGGAGUACAAGGUGGGCACGGGAAAAUCCCAAAUUCCCGCCCGGGGCUGCUCUGGGAACGGCGGCUGUGCUGGCACAAAUGAGUGA